AUGAGGUUUUUACAUGCUUUCACGACAGUUGCUUGUGCGGCUCAAGCUGCAGCACUGUCGAUUAACAUUGGUGGUGAGAGAAUGGUUGUGGAGAGAGAUGCUGGACUUCAAGAUGUUGUCACAUAUGAUGAACACUCUCUCAAGGUAUACGGAGAACGUAUAUUCAUCUUCUCGGGAGAGUUCCAUCCAUAUCGGCUUCCAGUACCUGAUCUAUGGCUUGAUAUUUUCCAAAAAGUGAAAGCGCUCGGAUUCAAUACUGUUUCCUUUUAUGUCGACUGGGCAUUAGUUGAAGGAAAUCCAGGACACUACACUGCAGAUGGAGUGUUUGCCUUUGAACCUUUCUUUGAUGCGGCAAAGGAAGCAGGUAUAUAUCUUAUUGCUCGCCCAGGUCCCUACAUCAACGCCGAAUCUUCCGGUGGUGGUUUCCCAGGUUGGCUUCAACGCGUAAGUGGCGUUUUACGUUCCCAAGCACCAGACUAUCUCGCAGCAACCGACAACUACGUAGCGAACAUCGCUAGUCUAAUCGCCAAAUAUGAAAUUACAAAAGGGGGACCAAUUAUUCUAUACCAGCCUGAAAACGAAUACUCGGGAUAUUCCGGAUAUGUUCCAGGUGGAUUUCCAGAUCCAGUUUACUUCGCCUAUGUGGAGAAGCAGGCGAGAGAUGCGGGCGUCACCGUUCCAUUUAUUAGUAAUGAUGCUUAUGCAGGAGGACAUUUCGCACCAGGUUCUGAGAUCAAUGGAUCGGCAGCUGGUGAUGUUGACAUUUACGGCCAUGAUUCUUAUCCAUUAGGAUUUGAUUGCGCACACCCAACUGUCUGGCCUACUGGAGAUCUACCAACGUACUUCGCUGCAACUCAUGAGGAACAAAGUCCAAGUACAUUCUACUCUAUAAAUGAAUUUCAAGGUGGUGCAUUUGAUCCUUGGGGUGGUCUCGGAUUUGAUGCGUGUGCCCAGCUCUUGAAUGAUCAAUUCGAGCGAGUCUUCUAUAAGAAUGAUUUUGCUUCUGGUGUUGCUCUUUUGAGCAUAUAUAUGAUUUUCGGUGGAACAAACUGGGGUAAUUCUGGCCAUUCUGGUGGUUACACUUCCUACGAUUAUGGCUCUGCUAUCACCGAAAAUCGUGAAGUAUCCCGCGAGAAGUACAGUGAGCUAAAGCUAGAGGCAAACUUCCUAAAAGUCAGCUCGGCAUAUCUCACCACAUCAGUUCAACCAGCUGCCAAUGGUACCUACACCACCAGUGGUUCCAUUACCACAACUCCACUUUUUGGGAAUGGAACUGUUACAAACUUUUAUGUUGUUCGCCAUUCAGACUAUCAAGCUUUAGCUUCAGAGACCUAUAAAUUGACUGUCACUACAAGUCAAGGGGCAUUAACUAUUCCACAAUUGAAUGGAAGUCUUACUCUCAGCGGUAGAGAUUCAAAAUGGCAUGUGACAGACUACGACAUCGGAGGAACAACACUCCUAUACUCUACAGCAGAAAUCUUCACCUGGAAAAAGUUUGAUGACAAGACUGUUUUGGUAGUUUAUGGUGGCCCAGGAGAAUUGCAUGAAUUGGCUGUGGUUACAAAGAGCUCCGCAAAAAUUGUUGAGGGUUCAGAUGUCACAACUAAGAGUACUAACGGCUCGGCGAUUCUUAACUGGCAAACAUCUACCACACGUAGAGUAGUUAAGGUUGGUAGUGUGUUUGUUUAUAUUUUGGAUCGAAACAGUGCAUACAACUAUUGGGUACCAGACUUCGUCAGAACAGACAAAUGGGGUGCAUUCGCGUCAAGUGUCGAAAACACAGCUUCAGUUAUCGUAGAAGCAGGUUAUCUCGUCCGAAACGUUUCAACCCAAGGCUCCGACCUUCACAUCAACGGUGAUCUUAACGCCACCGUCCCAUUCAAAGUCAUCGGAGCUCCUAAAGGAACCAAAAAUCUCUACUUCAACUCCCAAAAAGUCUCAUACAAAACUGAUUCGACUACCGGCGAACUCUCUUCAACGCUCACCUAUUCAGCCCCAAAAAUCUCUCUUCCAAACCUCUCAACCCUCGGCUGGAAAUACCUUGACAAUCUCCCUGAAAUCAAAUCCACCUAUGACGACUCAGCCUGGACUCUCGCCAACAAGAAUUCAACGACCAACCCGUUCCUCAAUCCUCUUCUCACACCCACCGUCCUCAACGGUCCAGAAUACGGAUACAGCACUGGUGUCCUAAUUUUCCGUGGCCAUUUCGUCGCAUCCGGCAAUGAAUCAUCCAUUUAUAUCUCCACCCAAGGUGGAGCCGCCUUCGGCUCCUCAGUCUGGCUCAACUCCACUUACAUUGGAUCCUGGACCGGAGCUGACUACGCUGAAUCAAAUAAUGCCACUUACACGCUUCCCAAUCUCAAAGCUGGUGCUAAAUAUGUAUUCACCGUAGUGAUUGAUAACAAUGGUUUAGAUGAAAACUGGACUGUGGGAGCUGAGGGAAUGAAACAACCCAGAGGAAUCCUCAACUACGUCUUAGCAGGCAGAACCAAGGAUGCCGUUACAUGGAAACUCACCGGAAACUUGGGAGGAGAGCAAUAUAUUGAUCAAGUGCGCGGUCCUCUCAACGAAGGCGGUCUUUAUGCUGAAAGACAAGGCUUUACACAACCUAGUCCUCCUUCUUCAUCGUGGAUUUCAGGAUCCCCUGCUACCGGGAUAAAGAAUGCCGGAGUGGGAUUCUUCACAAGUACCUUUAAGUUGGAUUUACCAAAGGGCUAUGAUGUACCUCUGAGUUUCAACUUUGGAAACAGUACAUCGGCAAAUGGUACGAGCGAGUACAGAGCGCAGCUCUGGGUUAACGGCUGGCAGUUUGGAAAAUACAUUAAUAAUGUUGGACCACAGAAGAGUUUCCCUGUACCACAAGGAAUCCUAAACUACAACGGCCAAAACACCCUAGCUAUCGAACUCUGGGCCCAACAAUCCUCAGGCGCCGCCUUGACAAAUUUCACUUUGACUGCUGGGACACCCGUACUCACGGGUUUCAAAGCCCCCGCUUUGGUGGAAAGUCCUAAAUGGAGUAAGAGGAAGGGUGCUUAUUGA